UAUAGUAGUUGGUAUAGUAGUUUCGUUGUUUAAAAGAUAUUGAGGCAACUUAAUAUUAUAUUAACACAAUUUAAAAUGCAUAUGUAUAUAGUUUUCUAAAAAUAAUUGAUAAAUAUUGAAAAGUAAGCUUUGUAAAGUAGGUAGACUCCCAUCAAAGGCGGCAUCCCAACCACAUUCGACAAUGAAAGUUACAGUUACUACUCUAAACGACGAAAUAUUCGUCUUAGACGUGUCGGAGGAUUUGGAAUUGGAAAAUUUCAAGGCUUUUUGCGAAAUAGAAUCUGGAUUUCCAGCUAAAGAUAUUACAUUGAAUUUCAAUGGCAAGCCUCUAUUAGACGACAAGAAAUCACUCAAGGAGCACGGUGUACAUGAUGGAGAUGUGCUGGUGCUGCUGCACAUGCUGCAGCACGCGCCUGAAAUCAAUGCUACCGACUCCAGCCAAGCUUUACCAACAGGCCUGGCUAGCCUGGACUUCAGCAAUAUCCAAGUACCACCAGGUGCAAGCACGGCAAGCACAUCCAUGGCAGCCCGGGGUCCACCCGUGGAAGAAGAUCCUCGUAUAAUAAGAGAAAUGUUUCUGGCAAACCCGGACCAACUGGCUCUCCUCAAGCAGAACAAUCCUAGACUAGCUGAUGCACUUACUAGUGGAAACCUUGAUACCUUUGCUAGUGUCCUCCGUGAACAAGUGUCUGCCAGAACUGAACGCCAACAACAAAGAAUAAGAAUGAUGAACUCUGAUCCAUUUGAUACAGAGGCCCAGAGAAUGAUUGCUGAAGAAAUCAGACAAAAAAACAUAGAGGCCAAUAUGGAAGCGGCUAUGGAGUACAACCCAGAGACCUUUGGAACCGUGGUUAUGCUUUACAUCAACUGCCAUGUUAAUGGCUUUCCCGUCAAGGCUUUUAUAGAUUCUGGUGCACAAACAACUAUCAUGUCCGCAGCCUGUGCAGAAAGAUGCAAUAUCAUGCGACUUGUUGACACCAGAUGGGCGGGCAUUGCUAAAGGUGUUGGAGUGCAGAGAAUUAUAGGCCGCAUUCACAUGGUGCAAAUGAGAAUAGAAAAGGACUUUCUGACCACAUCUUUCUCAGUUUUGGAGGAACAGCCAAUGGAUAUGCUACUGGGAUUAGACAUGUUAAAGAGACAUCAGUGCAAUAUAGACUUGGAGAGGAAUGUACUUCGCAUAGGAACCACAGGCACCGAAACUCACUUCUUGCCAGAAUCUGAUCUGCCUGAGUGUGCCCGCCUGUCCGGCACUUCGGAGGAUGAAAUCGUUAAUCAAUCCAUGCGUGACCAUGAAGAGAGACAAGUCAAAGAAGCUAUUGAAAAGUCUAAAGCAGGAAGCGGUCCAGGAGCGGCGAGAUGUGCCGGCGCCGGCGCCCAGACGGCCGGCUCCAGCUCCGGCUCCACCUCGGCGCAAACCUCUAGCCAGAGAAUCGUUAUAGGUGACCCCAGCUUGACGAUCUUAUCUACGGACUCUUUCGGCGAAACGGAGGUGGAGGAAAUCGUAGCCUUGGGAUUCACGAGAGAGCAGGCUAUCGUGGAACUCCGUCGGUUCAAUGGCGAUAAGACGCAGGCAACCGUUGCGCUCUUUGCGAAGUCACUUAAGUUCUGAUGACGAACAGUUGCGCUUUCUUCUUACCUUUACUGUUUGGUAAAUAUAAAAAUAUCACUAGUAGAAUAACGGGAGCGGGACGGGAGCCAAGUUAUGUCGAGUGAAGGUUGCCAUAAUAUCAACGGCCUCGUCAUUUCAUUAACACCGACCGACGGACGUAUAAAAUGUAAAAUUUUAUGAAUAAAUAAUUGAAUUGAAUUAAAUAAGGCUCAUUUAGACUAGGUAUGCGAAAAGUCACAUAAGAGUUUCGUUAUAUUGCAAUAUUUAGUUUAGUCGAUCGGUUGAAUUGGUUCUAUCUCAAUAGUCGGCGAUAUAAGUACACUGGCAUGCGAGAUAUCGCACCGGCUAUCUGAGCCUUUAUACAUAAGUAGUUAUAUAUUUUAUUUGACCAAAUAGUUCUUAGUCACACUAGGUUGUAACGGUUUGGUUGGGUAUACUACACUCGGAAAUAUAAAAAACAUUAAAUCUACUUUUUUAUUAUGAUAUAGUUGUAAGUGGACGUGUUUUGGACUGAGAAUAAGGGUUUAAAUAGUAACUUAAGGCAUUAAAAAACUUUUGCCAAAACUAUUGAUCACAUUUUUACGUUGACUCCAUAAUAAAAAUAUUAUUUACCAUAAUCAUUAUAGUUUUUUACGUUAUACUUUUUCUAACACUUAUGAAUUUUGAAAGCUUGAAAAUAAUGAUUAUAUACACCAAAUGCAUUUUUAUGCAAUUUAAUGUCAAAGAAAUGACAACGAUUUAAUUACAUAAAAGGUUCAUGUUUUGUAUGAACAACGCAUAGAUGCUCUAAUGUUUUUGACGAAGGUUGUAUUUUAUAUAUCAUGGUAAGGUUGUUAUAUUAUACUACAGUAUUCGCAAAUCAAACCAGCGGCCGGGGUCGUUUACUAUCCCUUUCAUUCGUGCUACAAUCCUGCAAGUGUGAAAGAGUGGUUUUACAAUCCCGGUUGCCAGUUUUACCGUGCGGUUACUGCGUAGCGGACAGGGCUGCCGU